GAGCCACCCAGCAGCCCCUAUUUCAGUUUAACUGGAGGAUGGGAUCUGUGAAAUGAAAGCGUUCCUUUAGGAUCCGAAUGACAAUUUCCAUCACCAUUGCUUAGUAGCGAUGAGGAAGAUGGUUGACAGGCGGGAGAAAGUUGAAUAAGAAGCUGCCGUCUUACUGUCACCGCUUAGACGUCUGUCCAGCUGCCGUCUUAUUGUCACCGCUUAGACAUCUGUCCAGCUGCCGUCUUACUGUCACCGCUUGGACAUCUGUCCAGCUGCUACAUCAAGCUCUGCACGUCCAGCUCCACUCGCAGACUCCCUGCACGACAGCGCUGACCUUGUAGCUCAGGCCAGGCGCCUUGGAGGCCCCCGCGAUUCUCCCGUGCCUCUCCCGCCUCCCGUCCAGUCCUUCAGGACUCCCCAGAGGCUUUCCAGUCAGCGCCUGUCCUGACCCUUCUGACCUCCCACCUGCACUGCAGCCGUCCUGGUCUAACCCAUGUGUCACCCGCGUCACUGUUCCUGCCCAGUUCUUUCCCUGCCUGCUGCUGCUGUUUUAAACUCAGUAACUGCAGUGGUCUUUUAAAACCACCUCCGGGGCCACACAGAGGUGUGUGUGGGACGUUUCACAUUUCAACCGAAGAGCACGCUCUGGUGUGGGCAGCGUAUUGAAGCCAGGCUGGCCGCGACGGGCUCCUUGACUCGCCGGUGCCAGACAGCCCGUCUGAGGACCCUGACCUCAAGGACGUCUGUCUCAUUCCAAGGAACAUCAUGGCUGAGCCAGACUACAUGGAAGAUGACAAUCCGGAACUAAUUCGGCCUCAGAAGCUAGUCAAUCCUGUCAAAACAUCCCGCAACCAUCAGGAUCUUCACAGGGAACUUCUCAUGAAUCAAAAAAGGGGUCUUGCCCCUCAGAAUAAGCCAGAACUGCAAAAAGUGAUGGAAAAGAGAAAACGAGAUCAAGUGAUAAAGCAGAAAGAAGAAGAAGCACAAAAGAAGAAAUCGGACUUGGAAAUAGAACUGUUAAAACGGCAGCAGAAGCUGGAGCAGCAUGAACUUGAGAAGCAGAAAUUGCAAGAAGAACAAGAAAACACCCCAGAGUUUGUGAAGGUUAAAGGCAAUCUCAGGAGAACAGGCCAAGAAGUGGCCCAAGCGCAGGAGUCGUAGGCCCCGGCCAGAGAGACCGCGCGCCCGGCCCGCCCCCGGGGAGGCCGUGUGCAGGCGCCUCCGCAGCACUUAGUCUCCGGCGGAAGCCCCUGGAGACAGCCCCAGCCAGCAGAGAAUUGUUACUUUCAAAAGGAUUUGGGUUUGCUUUUCCUACAAUCUGGGUGGAUACAUGACCUGUGACUGUUAAUUUCUGUUCGCCAAAUGAAGGACGUUGACCAGCACUUAAGUUGGAACAAGUGAACCUGUGUUCAAAGACUUAAAAGAAAAACAAAAAUGAAGAAACCGCAACAGCAAAAAAGAAAGAGGACACUGGAAUAAAUUCUUAAAAAUUGCACUACUUGGUUUUUCUUCCAGUCCAAGUGUGGUGGGGCACAGAGCCUUUCUCCUUCUAAAAUCUAAAAAAAAAUGUGUUUCGUUUCUUCCUCUAGGUAUCUGCUGGAUAAUUUCGAUCACAUAGAAAGGCAUUGGUCUGUUCCAUCUAGUAUUUGUAAAUUCUCUGUCGAGAAUCCAGGAUUGUCUUGUGUAGUCCCGCUGUCACUGUGUUUGGUUGACGCCUGAGAAUGUUGAUGUUAAUGUUGAGCACAGCUGUUCCCUUUGUUGGCAUUAAGAUUCAGAAAUAGGUUGAGGAGGUUUAAAAACAUGGAAACAAAAAUACCUAAAACAAAACAAAAAUACCUAAAAACACACAGAAACAGAAAAUGCAUAAAGGUGCAUCUUGAUCAUAUUUUAAUUGCUUUUGGUUCUCUGAUACUAGAAUGCUCCAUAGUGACACUCCAGUUCAGGGAAGGCACAUUGUAUAAACCCAGUUCUCGCUUUGAUAACUAUUAGGAUUUUGUUUUGUUUUUGAAUUUCUUGCCGAGCUCGUCCUUUUAUAUGAAACACUCUCCUGAUCCUUUGCAGUGUAAAAACUAGACCAUAUAACCCAACUUCAGUGUCAAAAGUAGAGGGUCCAAAUCUUUGAGAACAGUGUGGGCGAAGCUCCCGUUGGGAGCCAGGCAAGGAGGACUUGUCUGGGUAUUUUAAUGUGAAACAAUGUCGGUCUCCUGGAGGCCUAGGGGGAAGGGUGGUAGCAUUUGUACAGUUUGAGUAUCCUUAGAAUCCAAGUUUUGGAAAUUUCAGAUUAAGGGUCACAUACUGCUUGGCUUUUUUUUUUUUCUUUUCCCCCUUGUGAAGAAAGACACUUUCGCCGCUCCGGCAGCGGUGGUGACUACUGUGUGCGUCUCAGGAAAGCUGAGGGGAAGGGAGAGGCCGCGGGCUUCCGCACGCCAGCUAGCUUUGCUGUCCGAAGGGAGUCGCCGGCGGGCCGCAGCGAAAUCCUCCCGCAUUUCGAAAUGCAUUUUGUUUCCGCUGGCACAUUUUACUUGGGGUGAUCUGGAAGGAUUUGUGUGGGUUCAGUGUGUUCUCCAUCCAGACGAUUCAGCCACUAAUUUCUGCCUUGAAGACUCUUACAGCUCCUUUAAAGGCUCAUAGAAAACUGGAUCUCAAGCUUUUAAGCCUAAUAAGCAUAGUAGAAAUCAGCUUUCUGUGGGAAUGCUUUAGUUUGCAUCGCUGACGGGCUUCAUACUCAGUCCUCACGUGGACCAGGUGAAGAUAAACGCAGUGACCCUGCAUACUGCCAGUCAGAGGACGCACCGGUCACACCCCAAGUGGGUGACUUCUCACCAGUGAGUAUUAUUUGAAUAAAACAUGAAAUGUGGAGGAUAAAAUGUUGCUGAGUAAUAGUUGGCUUUUGAAGGAUGGGAUGCUAACUCUUGUUCUCAUCCUCCUUCCUUCUGAGAGAAGAAAGUAUGUUACGUGAUCAUCUUGAAAGUACGUUUCUCAUCGCACGCUGACUGGAGUGCUUUGUGUCUGCCCGUGGACUAAUGACGAGAUCUGCAAGGUGAAGGUUCAGGACUAGCUCAGAGCCUUUUACCUAACUGGACGUUGGAUCUUAAGUCCCGCGUCCUUGAAGCAGUUCUGCCACUUGAUAGAAUUCUCCAGGGUCCCUGAAGGGCUCCUUUAGAAGGACCGACUCUGUUCCUAGAACUUAACCAGAAUCCACUCUUCACUGGGAAGCAAAGUGACAAAAGCAUCUCCAUCCCAGGCUCCCUCCCCAGCCUGCAUGGUUACGUGUAGCGAGUUCCCAAGGUCUGGCCGGAAGACUUGUCGGAAGGUGAAGUGAUGUCUUAGGACCAAACCGUGGGGUGCACAGGUCAAGAGGCUCUCCGAGGCUGUCGGACGAGCUUGGCUCACUGGCUGGAGCUUAAAAGGGCGCCAGUCUCCCCUCUGCACGUUAACACCGUACGAUCCAAACCCCUAGGACUCCUCAGCACCCUGGCAGUUUUGUGCUUUGAGCCACUUUUUGACGGAAAUGGCUCCAUUUUUCCACUCGGUGGUUUUCUUAAAAUAGUUCAGUGUUUUAUAGUCUCCUGGUAAUAAAGUAGGUGUUGCUUUCUAAGCUGCGACGGUUGACUUUAUUCUUCUACUCUGAGAAACCUUGACUCGUUUGAGUGUAUAUAAUAUAUAUAAAGGGAGCCUUAAUGGAUUUGUUUUCAUAAUUUAAUAUUUUUUGUAUUUGCUCUUGUACAAUUGUUUUUAAUGGAAAGUAUUACAGAACUGAGGGUGGAAUUCUUAGAACCAAAGUUAUUGUUAAUAAAAAUCACCAUGCGCUUGGACCACG